UAAAGACCGUUCUCGAUACUUUUAAGUUGGGUGGCUGUUUCGUCAUUAGGAUGCGAUAGUGACGAUCGCAUCGUCGCUCUCGAUCGUCGUCCAAGUCUCGGAAGAAGGGACGACCUUUUCCUCCGAUCCUCCCUGCAUUUGAAUCUGUGAGAAGCUCUUCUUUCUCGAUCGCUCUCCCUCUAUUUAAGGUUGGCCGUUGGAGUUUGACCUCAGGCGUCAACCGUUCAGCAUUUUGUUAGGGUUAGAGCACCGCAGGUGCGUCGAAGUUCUCUCUUCCUUUUUCUUAUUGCUGGUGCUUUGUGGUUUUGGAUCCAUGCAUCCUGCAAGAUUCGUUUGGAGCAGCAAGAAGAUUUGUGGUGGAUUGCGUCUCAUUGGAUAGAGUCCCGCAUUGUCUUGUUUUGGGGGGUUGUGUAUCCGUGAAGUUAGCUGUGAUACUCUUCCUCCAUUCAAUUCGAAGGUGGAGUUUAUGGCCGCUGCUGUAAUUAGCAUGACCACUGCAGCGCUGGAUUGGGUAUCUGUGGUUUUUGAUGCUCCGCUUGCCCGAGCUGUUGUCUUUGGUGUUCACAUAGAUGGACACUUAGUUGUUGAAGUGCUACUUAUAGCUGUCAUACUGUUCCAACUAACAAGAAAAAGUUACAAGCCGCCCAAGAAACCCCUAACUGAAAAGGAAAUAGAUGAUCUUUGUGAAGAAUGGGUUCCUGAAUCCCUUCAUCCGCCUAUCACUGAGGAAAUGAAAGUUGAGCCUCCAACCUUAGAAAGUGCUGCAGGGCCACACACGGUAAUUGAUGGAAAGAAAGUUGUGAAUUUUGCUUCGGCAAACUAUCUAGGACUUAUAGGCAAUGAUAAGAUAAUUGAUUCAUGUGUUGCCUCACUAGAAAAGUAUGGCGUCGGUUCUUGUGGUCCUCGUGGUUUCUAUGGAACAAUUGAUGUCCACCUUGAUUGUGAGACGAGAAUUGCAAAGUUCAUGGGUACUCCAGAUUCAAUACUCUACUCUUAUGGCAUCUCAACCAUUUUCAGUGUCAUUCCAGCAUUUUGUAAGAAAGGAGACAUUAUUGUUGCAGAUGAGGGUGUUCAUUGGGGAGUGCAAAAUGGGCUUUAUCUCUCAAGAAGUACUGUUGUUUACUUCAAGCAUAAUGAUAUGACAUCACUAGAGGGCACUUUAGAGAAAUUGACUCGUGGAAAUAGGCAAGCAGAAAAGAUUAGACGCUAUAUUGUUGUUGAAGCACUUUACCAGAAUUCUGGUCAAGUUGCCCCAUUAAAUGAAAUUAUGCGGCUAAAAGAGAAGUACCGCUUUCGGGUCAUAUUGGAAGAAAGCCAUUCCUUUGGUGUACUUGGAAACACUGGACGAGGUCUUGCUGAGCAUUAUGGAGUAUCAAUUGAGAAGAUUGAUAUAAUAACUGCUGGUAUGGGAAAUGCAUUGGCCACCGAUGGGGGGUUUUGCAUUGGAAGUGCCAGAGUAGUUGAUCACCAGCGUUUGAGUAGCUCUGGAUACGUCUUUUCUGCAUCUUUACCUCCCUAUCUUGCAAGUGCUGCAGUUGCCGCUGUGAACUACUUAGAGGAUAAUCCAACUGUUCUCACAACAUUAAGGAGCAAUGUUUCUCUGCUCUGGAAAGGGUUAUCAGAUAUACCAGGUUUGACAAUUGCAAGUGAUCCAUCAUCACCCCUUGUCUUCCUAAAACUUAAAAAACCAACGAGUUCCUCCAAGUGUGACUUGGAACUUCUAAACAAAAUUGCCGAAAGGGCACUUAGGGAAGAUUCUGUCUUUGUUGUUAGCACAAAAAGGUCAGUUCUGGAUAAGUGCCAUCUUCCCGUUGGCAUUCGCUUAUUUGUUUCGGCAGGUCACACAGUAUCCGACAUCAAGAAAGUUUCCGACUCCUUGCGAAGAGUUGCAGCCCUGGUUCUAGCUGAACAUAUCUAAGCUUGAUAUGAAGCAAACAUUCAAUCAUCCACCACGCAGAGGUCGAAGGCUAGUUCUGUAGCUUGCCUGAGUUUUAUACUAUUUUUUUUUCUUGCUUGGAAAAGAUAUUAAAAAAGAGUAGGGAAUGGAUGCAUGAUUUACUUUUCAGAAUUAUUUUUGUUAAUUAAAAUUGUCCAGAUCGAAUUAAUUGAUUGCCGUACCCUUCGAACAAAUGCUAGACUCGAUCAUUCUCCAGCAAAUGGCCACGUGUAGAUAAAAAUGCUGAA